AUGUUUAUUGGAAAACUGGCAGCCAUUGGCUUAUUGGGCGCGGUCAGCGUUCAAGCCCAAAUGACCAACACCACACUCUUGGGCAUUCUCAACACAACGCAAUUGUCGCCUGCCAACAAGUUUAUGGAGUUGAUUACAUCGGAUGCCAAAUACAAGCCCAUUCUAGACUUGCUAUCCAAUCCCGGUAACCAUACGGUCUUUGUGCCAUCGGAUAAGGCCUUUGAUGAGAUGGCCCAGCAAAAUGCCACCACAAAUGAGGAUACAUUCUCGCAACAAAAUGGCAGUGGUUUCCAACAAUCACCUUCUGAAGAACCUAUGGGAGCAGGUGAAGGCCAACAACAAGAAGGCAGUGGAGGACAAGAACCACCAGCUGACAAUGGCGAAAACAACCCUGACAACAAUCCAUCGGACCAACAAGAGGGAUCAGGCUCUCAAGAACCUCCUUCGGAUCAAGGACAACAGCAAUUUGCCAAUGUUUUCAAUGCUAUUUUGCCUGAAGGUCUCAAGGUGUUGCAGCAAGAUCAACCACAAAAUCAAACCGAAGGUGGUGGUGGUGGUGACCAACAACAAGGAGGUGACCAACAGCAAGGCCAAAAUUCCACUGAAGGUGGUAAUCAAACAUCAAGUGGCAACCAAACAUCAAGUGGCAAUGAGACCUACAAUCCAUUUACUGAAGGAGCACGUGCCAAUUACACUAUCCUCAAUUUGAUCCAAUAUCACAUUGUCAAUGGCUCGUAUUUGCUCAAGGACCUCAAUGAUACAAGCGUCUUGAACAGCGAUUUGACCAACCGCACUGUUGACAAGAAUGGUAUCGGUUUGCCCAUUGUCAUUUCUCGCCACAAUGUUACCAUGAAUAGCACCCAAGAAAACAAUAGCACUCAAGGAGACAAUGGUGAGCAGCAAGACAAUGGCGACCAACAACAGCAGAGCCAAAUCACCGUAUUGCAGGAUCAACAAGCCAAUGACACCUCAAGUGGUGGUGGUAGCAACAAUGGCACAUCUUCUGGUGGCAACAGCACAUCUUCUGGUGGCAACAGCACGUCCUCUGCCAACAACACGCAAACUGUUUAUCAUGCAGGCAAUGGCAUUGAAUUCUCCAAUGUUACCUUGUACGACAUUCAAGCAUCCAAUGGUAUCCUUCACGUCAUUGACAGAGUGAUGGUUCCACCUGGUCCACCUACCGAGGUCGUCCAAAAUGUGUCCAAUACAUCCACCCUUGCCCAGCUUGUUCAACAAAACAACCAAUCCGCUUCACAGAUCAACAACUUGACCAACAUUACUAUCUUUGCUCCUACGGAUGAUGCAUUGAGCAGCUCGGGUAUCCAUGCCAGCUUCCAAUCCUUGUUGAGCAACUAUGCUGCUUCCCAAGAUCAGAUCAAGAAGCUUGUCGAUGCACAUAUUGUCAAAGGUGUCUACUACGCUGACAACUUGACUGCUGUGGCUCACCAACAAGGACAUGGCAACCUUGUUACGAAUGAGAACAACAACAAAUUGGAAUUGACCCCUGUUAACGACUCUGUGCAAAUCAACCACACUGCAAACGUCGUUGAGCCUAACAUCCUCAUGAAUAAUGGUGUGAUGCAUUUGAUUGAUCAUGUGUUGAGCGGCAACUUGCAACAACAACAAAAUCAGACUCAAGGUGGCGGUGGUGGUGCUCAAGAAUCUGGUGCCCAGCAAUCCGGUGCUAGCGAACAGCAACCCCAGCAAACUGCUACCGGUGGUCAAUCCCAACAAACGUAG